UUUACUCUAAGUUCGCUCAACUCUAUUUACUUUAAUACAUUUAUUCUAGGAUUUAUAGUUUUUUUUUCUUCUUUAGGUUGUAUUCACACUUACAGUAUCCUGCGAUUCGAUGCCGUGCUCAGUCAUUUAGUUUACAUUAAAAUCUGCCACAUAAAAUCUGCAGCUUCAAAUCCUGCGCCUCAAAUAUGCGCAGGAUACUGUACGUGUGAAUACACCCUAAAUAUAUAAAAAAUAAAUAAAUGAAUAUAAAUAAAUAAAUCCUAGAAUAUAGCUAUAUACUAUAUGACUAUCUGUAGUAUAUCUUUACUUACCUCCCGUUUUAAACCUGUAUUUGUUCGGGGAAUCUUGCGCUUAUUCAUAAAAAUAAAUGACAUCAUCGCGGUUGAUCGAUACAGACGAGGAACACUAACCGGGAGAACACUGCUACAUUCACCGCGAAGAAAAUCAAUACUCGCUUAUUUGUCAAACCUGCAACCUGCCGGGGGAGUUCAGGGUCCUUCCAAAUUCUUCUCAGGCAGAUCAUCAAUGUUUGCCUAAACCUGCUUUGCUUUCUGUGUACCUGGUAGCAGAGUCAUACUAUCAUACUACUCCUUUUGGUGAAAGUCAUCUCGCUUCGUUCUCCGGCAGCGUCCAGGUUACCAGCCCAACCAUGUGCACGGGGAAAUGUGCAAAGAUUAUUGGGAAAGCCUUAUUCCCAUUGGGUACCUGCGCUAUCGUUGCAAAUCUUCUCCUGUACUUCCCAAAUGGUCAAAUUCUAGAAGUGGAACAGAUUACAGAUUUUGUCUGGUUUUUCCAUGGAAUCGUUGGGGCUGGAUUAUUGGCUUUCCUACCAGCAUUUAUGAUGCUUGGAGCAGGUGGAGAUGGAUGCUGUGCGAACAGAUGCGGGAUGUUGCUGACUGUCAUCCUGUCUGCACUGGGCACCAUCGGAGGAGCGUACUGCGUGGUCAUCUCUGCCAUGGGUUUGGUUCGUGGACCUCUGUGUGACACAGGAGAUGGCGAAUACAUCUACCCCUUCCGGAAUGAUACAGAAGAGGAGAAUUACCUCUUUCACCACGAGACCUGGAGCACGUGUAAAGCACCUGAGAAUGUGGUGCUGUGGAACGUCGUCUUAUUCUCCAUCCUCCUGGCAAUCGGCGCCAUCGAAGCGGUCCUGUGCCUUAUUCAGGUCAUCAAUGGUGCCAUCGGGGUGAUCUGUGGCACGUGCCUGAAGAAAAGAAGAGUCAGCGCUACUGCAGCGUGAAUAUGAAGAUACACCGGAAGCAGCAAUAAAAACGGGAGAUGUGCAGACCCAGAAAAACUCCAGUCACUAAUGAAGAGAACAUGGUAGAAAUGUAGCAGAGCUGGAUCAGUGAAUGCAGUAGAGAAGCUGUUGUCAUAUAGGUAAUCUCAUUGUGAUAUCAUGAUGUGUUACCUGUGGUUAUCCUGCAGGUAUGUACUGACUUAUCACCAAAGGGAUUGUGUCCGGUCUUAUGUAAAUAAAGUGAUACAUUUA